CUACUUCAAAUGAGGUUAAGGUCGUAAGGAGGUAGUAAAUCUUCCCGAGAAACACGAGAACAGUACGAAAGUGUGAAUCCCAACCUAAAAGCAGUUCGUGAAGCAGAGCAAUGGCUCCUCUCCCCGCUCGAUUGAUUCUCUCACUGCAAUUGCUGACCAUGUUAUUCGGAUCCGGAUGUUCAACCCGAUUCCGCGACGCAGAGGAUAGGGAGACUGCACCGGCACAGAGAGAGUUCGAUUUCUUUAAGCUCUCUCUCUUAUGGCCUGGCACCGAAUGCAGGCAUACUCUCCACUGCUGCUCAGCCAAUGCUUGCUGCCGUUCCAGCUCUCCAACCGAAUUCACAAUUCAUGGACUCUGGGCUGAUUACAAUGACGGAACUUGGCCCGCAUGUUGUGAAGGUUCCCAAUUCAAUGAGAGUGAGAUCUCAACACUGCUGGGUGACUUGACAAAAUACUGGCCAACUUAUCAGUGUGGUAGCUCAUCAACUUGUCAUCGUAGCAAAGGACCAUUUUGGGCUCAUGAGGUUUUCAAACUUCAAUUAAAUGUUUUUCUCAUUGAUGUUAUACAAUACACUACAUGAAAGAAUGAGACUAAUUCUCUCUCAUUCUUCUAUGGUUGACUCCUUCGGCACUCGCUCAUUCACAGUGGGAGAAACAUGGAACAUGUUCGUACCCAGUUGUCCGGAAUGAAUAUGAAUACUUUUUGACAACGCUGAAUGUCUUCUUCAAAUAUAAUGUUACGGAUGUAUUGCACAAAGAAGGAUAUGUACCCUCAAAUUCUGAGAAGUACCCAUUAGGUGGCAUCAUUUCAGCCAUUCAAAACGCUUUCCAUGCAACCCCUGAAUUGGCAUGUUCUGGUGAUGCUAUCGAGGAACUUCGGAUAUGCUUCUUUAAGAAUUUUGAGCCACGUGAUUGUGAAACAAAAAGUAGGCUCAAGAGUUUAAGAGGUUCAUCUUGCCCUAAGUAUGUGAGCUUACCUGAACAGGCAUCAGUGGCAUCACAGUGUUAAAGCUAGAGUCCUACUACCUGCACCUUUGCCUAGGGUGAUUGAUCCAAGGAGGAAGACGUGGUUCGUGCUUCCAUUCUUAUUUGGAAAUUUAUAAACUGUUCAUGGAUAUUUGAACAUUGUUUUUCUUCUAAAACAAAGUUGGGAGCCUGCGUGCUCGUGUUUGCCACGUGUGGCUAUUUAUCAAACAUAUUAUAUUUUCCGCAUUUGUUUGAUUAUGAUAUUGAUGUUGAUUGUAUGCGUUUACUAAUCGGUUUGACAAUAGAAUCUAUCGGACGCCUUGUAUGAUUCAAUAGAGAUGAACUAAU